AACGAUUUUUAGCCUCGUACUCCGAUCUCGGAGGCGAUGGCCGCCUCUCCCCGCCGUACACGGACGUUAUCGAUACCAGAGAGCUAUUUGGAGACCGAGCUCGGCUGGGACCGUCCUCCCUCGCCUCCUCCUCUAUUGAUGUUUGAUAGAACGUGCAGCGACGGAGAAGGGGAGAAAGUGGAGAAAGAUGAGGUUCACGGUUGCCUGGUGAUCGGGAGACAACUUUUAAUUCCAUGCCAGACUUCACCGGAGGAUAUCAGCUCCUCUGAACUGCAGAGAGGUGUGACUGGCAGAGGACAUCUUCCACACCAGAGAGAGAAAUACACAGCAAUUCUCAGUAAACAGAGAGAACAGAGAGAGCAUGUGAAACAUGUGGAUAGAAAAGGAAGUGUCUCCCAUCACCCCAGACCCUGUCAGGUACAGUUAUGUCAGAGGUGUGAGAUCAUAGGCCAUGUGACAAUCUCUCAUGCACAGGUCAGGAAUGAGCUGAGCGUACGUGGGGCUGAGGUGGUGGCCCUCCAGCUUCCAGUGGGACUGAGGUCACGAGAGAGAGAUGACACGAACCAUACUGACCAUCCCAACAACUCCUCACGAGUCGACCUGCGGAGGUUUGAUGUUAGGAUUGGCACAUUUGCCAGGAGGGAGUGGCCCCACAGCCUGCCGAGACCAGAGGAGCUGGCAAGAGCAGGCCUCUACUACACAGGCAUGGAGGACAGGGUCCGCUGUUUCUCCUGUGGAGUUCAGCUGGAGGAGUGGGGGGAGGAGGAGGCCUUAGUUCUUCACUGUCAUGCCCGCCCCAAUUGUGCCUUCCUUCGUCAAGAUUUCCCUGACCUGCUGGAGUCACUUACCCCGUCCCCCAGCUCCCAGCAGGCACAAUACUCCAAUACUUCACUCCGACUCCACUCCUACUCCAACUGGCCACUUUCCUCUGUUGUCACCUCGUACCAACUUGCCAGUGUCGGAUUCUUCUACACCGGGGAGGGGACAAAGGUUGUAUGCUUCUCCUGUGGACUGGAGGUAAGAGAUUGGAGAAGAGGAGAUGUCCCUCUCCUUGUUCAUUGCCGUGCCAACCCAGAAUGCACCUUCAUCAAGUCAAUAAUUGAAGGGUCUUCCUCGUCAGAGAGAGCGCCAGCCCCCAUCCUCAAGACAAUGGCUACGGACUCCGCCAACCGACCCAACUACUCUGAUCUGAAUAUCAGAUUUCAGUCAUUCAAGAAGCUAUCUCCAGCGUUCCCCAUCCCUCGAAUGACGCUGGCUGAGGCAGGCCUCUUCCUCCUGAGACUGCCGGAUGUGAUGAAGUGCCACAGCUGUGAGGUGGUCCUCCAUGGUUGGGUGGACGGAGAUGUAGCUGUUGAGAAACAUCGUGGAGCCAGUCCUAACUGCCCAUUCCUAGCGGAAAGGUUCCCCAGUAAACUGAGUUCCCCUGCGCCAGUUGACCCCAGCACUCUGCCCGCUGCCGAGUUUGAUGAGAGGGAGCUUGAAAUGAUGGCUCUCCAGCCACCCACCCUCACCUCACAUUCCCCUACUGACACCCUCUCCCUCGCUGGGCUCUCCCUUUCUGAUCCUCACACCCUCAGUUCUUUUCAACCUCACUCCCUCACUCCUCACUCUCCCCUCUCCACUGCACCUCCUCCGUCAUUUCAUGCAUCCUCUGGCUACCACUCCAUGUCUCAGCCUUCCUCUCUCUCCAAAACUAUGUCUUCCUAUGACCCCUCACCUUACCCCUCUUCUCCUCCUGGUGCUGUUGGUGGUAACAAUGUACCCUCUUACUCCCUGGGGACCUCCAUGGCUUCUGCUGAGACCAGCAAGCAGCCGAGUUCCCUGCCAGUGGGAGGGGAGUGUGUGGUAUGUAUGGACAGGCCUCUGGAGAUGGUGUUUGUACCUUGUGGACACAUCUGUGUGUGUGAAGAAUGCUCCUCACAGAUAUCUCGCUGCCCCAUUUGUCGCACCAGGACACAAAUGGCUGUCAAAGUCUAUUUCCCAUACUGACCAUGUAUUGAGUCAAACCCCCACAUUAUUUGUGUUGCCACAAUAUCACAAGUUCUACAAAAUAUUGUUCUUUGAAGCACAGCAUGGACGCAACAGAGAAUGAUGGGUGGUUUAUAUUAGUGGCAGUGUAUCGUCAUCUCCUUCUGCUUCUGACUCUACAUCCAUACCCUGAGUUGACUCCUCCCUAUUGACUGACCCAGCCCCUGUGGUGGGUGUGGUCAGUGAUCUUUCCUCAACCUCAGCUACCACAGAUAGAAUUCUGCUUGGAGGAGACACUGCACCACUCCUCAUUCCGUCCUGUAAUAAUCAUAACGACGACAUAAUUAUGAUGUAAUGAUGACAAGUUGAUUGAGG